UUUCAUUAUCUAAUUAUUCUUAUAGUUGGUCCGUGAUACAAGCAGAAGAAGCACAAAAUUAUACAAGUCAAGCGCCAGCAGUUGAUUAUUCCAUUGGAAAUAAAACAGGUACCGAACAAAAACGUUUUCUUGAAAUUUGAAGAUUUUGCUAAAACAAAUUUUUUUAUUCAUUCUAGGUCAUUAUCUAUGGCUUAAUAAUUCAAAUACAUUACAGCCGGGUGGAGCUGGAUAUUUAAACACAGAAAUAUUUCGUUUUAUAAUGUCUAAUCUUACAUAUUGUCUGAGUUUUCAAUACUACAGAUUUGGACUUACCUUUCAAGAUAGUAAACUCACGGUAUUAGCCUUAAAUGAAGAAGAUCAGAAUAGUGUUGCACAAAUUUGGCCUAUUAAUCCAAUAAAUUAUACCUACAUAAAUCAACAAUGGUCUUGGGCAUAUGCUCCAUUACCACUAGGCAAUUAUUCUCUUCUAUUUCGUAUGGAUGCUGACUCACAAGUGAAUAGUUCAUUCGCUAUUGAUUCAAUUUCUAUUCAUUCAUGUGAAUAUCCUAAAGAAUACGUUUCGACUACCUCACAUCUAGCACUUUCUUGUAAUUUUGAUUCUCUUAUCGAUUCAACAUGUGGUAUACGAGAUGAUUAUUCAGAUCUUCUUCCACAAUCUGUUAUUAACUAUACGAUACGAUCGCCGACAACUAUCAGCGAUCGAGAUCUUGGUCCAAGACAAACAACAGGUUGGAGUGGUGAUUGGUUUCUUUACUGGUCACGUUCUCAACUAACAUUACCGACAAGGAUAAAUGGACAAUUUAAAACACCAUUCAUUGAAACGAAUAGAGAUAUGUGCAUUCGAUUUGCGUAUUUUGUUAAUUCGACGGAUGUUCAACCUAAUGAAAAUAAUACAAAAAUAAAUGUUUUUGUCCGUGGUUGUCAUGCAGGAACUCUUUGGUCUAUUGAAUUAGAUAACAGUUUUGGAUGGCAAUUAGUCACCAAGUCUUUCUAUCCUAAUGCGUGCGCUCAGGAAGUCUAUUUUCGUAUCACUCAACGACGACCGACACGAGUAGCUGUUGCUUUCGAUGAUAUGACUAUUGUACAAUGUGGUACAUUAAAUGUUUUAACUACAACUGCACCACCACUUACGACACCGUACAAUAAAACUUCAUCGAAUUACGUCAACUCCAUGGUUUUGAUUAUUCUUUUGCUUUUUUUACUUGGUUGA